AUGGCCCUUCCGUCGCCCGUCGGGGCCUGGGCGCCCCGCUCUGGCCGAGGGCCGCGCGGUCCUGCUCUCGGGCCUGCCGCCGAGCCGUCGGGGAUGCAUUCGUCGGGUCUGGGUCGAUGGCCCCCCCUCCCCGCCUGGGCCAGCAUCCCCUCCUCAGUCGGCUCCCCUUCUGGCACCGGCCUGCCGCAGCCAGAGAGAGCCGGCAGCAUGGCCCGCACGCGUUCGGUCGCCCUGCCCUGCGCCGUGGUCGCGCUCGUGGCGUGCGCCGCCCUCCACCAGGCGUUCGUCGGGAUCCCCGGGGAAGCCGGGCUCUCCAAGGUCGCCCUCCGCGCGGAGCCCGUGGCGGCGGCGGCGGCGGCCGGCGGCGCGAAGGCGGUCGCGGGCGCGGCAGCGGCCGGCGGCGCCAAGGCUGCAGCGGCGGGGGCGGCGGGCGCGGCGGGCGGCAAGGCCGCGGGCCUCGGCGCCGCGGGCGCGGCCGGCGCCGCGGCGCUGGGAGGGAAGGGGACCAAGGAGUCGCCGGCGGCGGUGGCCGUCGCGAACCGCGAGAUCGACUUCUUGCCGGACACCUACGUGAACAUCAUGACGAUCGCCUUCUUCGGCUCCGUCCUCGCCAACAGCAACGGGUUCUUCGCCCCGUGGUAG